AUAGUUAUGCUCAAAUAUGAAAAGGAAGAGUUUAAGGUUGUUUUAAGAUGUUUGAUUGUCUUGCUUUUGUUUGGCAUCACUUGCAUGGCAGAUACACUUUCUGGUAACUUUGUUUUUGGUGAUUCGUUAGUUGAGGUAGGCAACAAUAACUACAUUGCAUCGUUAUCAAAGGCGAACUAUGCACCAAAUGGAAUCGAUUUUGGGAUGCCCACUGGUCGAUAUACAAACGGAAGAACAAUAGUAGAUAUUCUAGGGCAGGAGUUGGGUUUGAAGGAUUAUACGCCGCCAUAUCUAGCUCCAACCACAACCGGGCCUCUAGUCCUUCAAGGUGUCAAUUAUGCAUCCGGUGGUGGAGGAAUUCUAAAUCAUACCGGAGAGAUCUUUAUUGGAAGAAUAAAUUUGGAUGCACAACUCGACAACUUUGCUAAUACAAGGGGGUAUAUAAUCUCGAGAAUUGGUGUUCUUGCAGCUGAGGAAUUGUUCAAAGGAGCUCUGUUCUCAGUAACUAUCGGUUCAAAUGAUUUCAUUAAUAAUUACCUCACGCCCGUUGUUUCAACAAUUGAGCAAAAACUAGUGUCUCCAGAGGCAUUCGUUGGAGAAUUGAUAUCUAGAUUCAGAGGUCAACUCACGAGGCUGUAUAAUAUGGGUGCUAGAAAGAUUGUGGUUCCUAAUGUAGGACCUAUCGGAUGCAUACCGUAUCAGAGGGAUGUAAAUCCAUCUGCAGGGGAUGAUUGUGUAGCUUUGCCAAAUCACUUGGCUCAACUCUUCAACCUUCAAUUAAAAGGCUUGCUCCAAGACCUUACCGUCUCACUUGAAGGUUCAACGUUCCUUUUUGCAGAUGUCUAUCGUAUUGUUGCAGAUAUUGUUCAAAAUUUUAAAUCAUAUGGUUUUGAUAACGCGAAUUCAGCAUGUUGUUAUGUAAGCGGUCAACAUGGUGGUAUUGUGCCAUGUGGACCGACGUCUAAAGUUUGCGCCAAUAGAUCAAAGUACGUUUUUUGGGACCCUUAUCAUCCGUCUGAUGCCACCAACGCUAUCAUAGCCAAGCAACUUAUGGAUGGAGACAUCCAAAAUAUAUCCCCUUUGAACUUAAGAGCCCUUUUUAAAGCUUGAAGAAGACUAGAAGAGGGCAGUUUGUUUCAAUUACUUAUGUCACUACUAUUCAACCAAAGUAUAUGUAUUUGUUGUGAAUCUGUGUAUUCUGUUCUUGUAACAACUUUACAAUUAACUUGUAACGAAUUUUAAAACAAAAGAUCUGCAUCCAACUAAUCUUACAGAGAAA